CCAGACGUCGACAUUGUCAGCGGAGACUUUCAAGAAGUUGUGAGCUGAAGCCAGAAAUUCUUCCUCGGAAAUCGAACCAGCCGUCAUCACUUCAUGGAUCUACAAUGGACCGGACUUAGGGAAACCCCUUUUCCUUCUAGCUCUCCUUGACGUUGGCAAGGCAACGGGGUCAGUGUCGUCCUUGAUGGCUUGACAGGUGCCGUGACACUUCAGCUACAAGCAUGUACGCCAAAGGGAAAGGCUCUACAGUGCCGUCUGAUGCUCAAGCUAGGGAAAAGUUAGCGUUAUAUGUCUAUGAAUAUUUACUACAUGUUGGAGCUCAGAAAAGUGCACAGACGUUUUUAUCAGAAAUUCGAUGGGAAAAAAAUAUUACAUUAGGUGAACCUCCGGGAUUUUUACAUUCAUGGUGGUGCGUAUUUUGGGAUUUAUACUGUGCAGCACCAGAAAGGAGAGAUACGUGUGAUCAUUCUAGUGAGGCUAAAGCUUUUCACGACUAUGGUUUUGUAAAUUCAGGUGUAAAUGGUAUAGCAUAUAAUGCAGCAGCACCAAGUCCACUAGGUCAAAUGCCACCUCAAGAUGGAAUGCCAGGAGGUCCGAUGCCAGGUUUUUUUACUCCGCCAGCAUCACAGCCGUCCCCCCACCCGCAGCCUCACACUCCCAUGAUGGGACAGAACCAACCCUUCAUGUCACCCAGAUUUCCAGGUGGCCCACGUGCCCCUGGACCAGUUCGGAUGCCAAAUCAAGUAGAUUUUAAUCCUCCAGGGGGAGCUGCUGGGCAGAUGUCAAUGCCAAACAGUAUGGACCCAAGGCCAGGUCAUCCUGGAAUUGGUCCAAUGCAGCGAAUGAACCAUCCUGGUAGAAUGCAGGGCCCAAUAAACCCAGUAUAUGAAACAAUACAGAAUUACGGUGGCAUCAGAGGUCCACCUCCAAACAGUAUGGGUCCAACAGCUCCUGGUGCCAUGCCACCCAUGAGCAUGCCUGGUGGACAAGGAAACAGACCAUGGCCCCCAACAUCUUCAUCAAUAAAUUAUUCAUCAGCAUCACCUGGCAGUUAUAAUGGUCCACCUGCUACAGGAGGGGCUCCAGGAACGCCGAUUAUGCCAAGUCCACAAGAUUCUACGAGUUCUGGUGAUGGCAUGUAUGGCAUGAUGAAAGCUAGUAUGCCAAAUAUGGCAGGGUUUCCACCGAUGGGAGGACCAGACGGAGGAAUGCCAAUGGGAGCUGACAUGCCUGCUGUGAUGAACGGAGAGAUGGAUGGUAUGAAGAGUUCACCCCCCAACGGUCCAGGCACACCUCGAGAAGAUUUACCCCCUGGUAGUACUGGUGAAAUUGGAGGAUACAGCCUUGGCUAUCAGGAAAACGAUCAAAAUGAAUCGGCAGCUAUCCUUAAGAUAAAGGAAUCUAUGCAGGAGGAGGCAAAACGAUUUGAAAAAGAGGCCGACCACCCAGAAUAUUUCAUGCCAUAACUGUUAACGGAAAGAGCAAGUAGCGUCGUGGUCAGCAUUGACUGGGAGAAGAUGAAUGAAAACGAAGGUAAAAGGUUGUGAAAAGAUUUCUACAACGGAUCUUUUGCUUGCAAAACAGAUGAAUGUAACUUUCUUUGUCUGACCUGCACACUUGCUGUGAGAGCACAGCUUCUGAACAAAACCUGGCAAUUGCUGUCAAAAGGCUCCUGUCACCAAUGCUGUGUAAAACAUUCAAUUUUAACUGCUAAUGGGGUUUAUUUUCUAAAAAAAAAAUAAAAUAAAAUAUAAAUAAAAAAUUAAAAAAUGAUGAAAAAGAAAAUAAAAAUCAUAAAGGAAGAAAAUGCAAAAAAAAAAAUUCAAUUUCUUUUAUUACACUUGGCCAUACAUAUUGUUACCUGUUGGUAUAGACUUAGUAUGGUUUUUCAGUGUCGAGUGGACACAAAUUGAAGACCGUUUUCAACACCAUCAUCCACAUCAUUUUAAAGCAUGGUUGCAUGCUGGUUAAGGAUUAUUAUUUUUUUUUUGUCUUUUCAUGAAAAAAAACAAAACAAUAUGGGGAAAAAAAAACUAUUUUAAAAGAAAUAUGAAUAAAGUAAACUGUCCAUAAAACAAUGUACUCUGACAUAAUUUUGUGGAAACUUCUCCAAACAACGACCGACUUGACAACCUUGCGAUACCAUAUAUGAUUUUAAAACACCAAAGCAUUCAUGGCUGGCAGAAGACAUUAUUCAGUGCUGUAGUCGACACUAUCGAAAAGGUUGUUGCUAUUUUCCCCAGCACACUUUCAUUUUUUUCAGGACAAUACCAUGAACUUCAACCAUUGCAGCCCUUACCCACCCCAACACCACAUCUUGUGGAAUAACAAAACACAAAUAAACAGGAAACAAACUGAAAAAAAAAAAUUCCAAUAAUAAUAAUAAAAUCCUGUAUUAAAGCUGAGUCACAUAAGACUUCAGUUAUGACUGGUUCUUUAAGACAUCAUAAGCUGAUGGUUAUGACUGGUUCUUUAUGGAUAUCAUAGUGUGGUGGUUUGUUAAAAUUGGUUCUGUAUGGUAUCAAAUCAAACUAUGGUUAUAUUAAGACAUUGAUUCUGUAUAUCAUAAGGUUAAGACAUUAGCUGUGUAUUACACUAGUGUUUGCUAUUAAGAAAUUGUUUAUGUGUGAUAAUAGAAGGUACUGUUUAAGAUAUCAAUACUGUAUAACCUCAUUAUAUGGUGGUUAUAUACUUAGGACUUACUUCUGUAUGAUAAUGCAAUAUUGGGAAUAUGUUAAGAUAUUAGUUUUGUAUAAUAUCAUUGUUAGUAGUUUUGGUAUUCUAUGGAAUGUAGUAUGUUAAGAGAUUAGUCCAGCAUAUCAUGAUGAUCAUUAGGCUAUGUUAUUGAUUUAUUAUAAUAUCAAAAGAGCAGCUAUGUUAAGACUAGUUCUGGAUAUCAUAAAAUAGUUGUACUACGACAAUAGUUCUAUAUAUAUAUUGUUAGAUAUUAGUCUUAUUAAAAUAAUAGCUCUGUAUGACAUUUGAUUUAACACAGACAAUAAGAUCUCUGUCAAAAUUAAUUGGGGUGUCUGAGUUUCUAAGAAAUCUCUCUCUCUCUCUCUCUCCCUCCCUCUCUUUCUCUCUCUCUCUCUCUCUCUCCCUCCCUCUCUUUCUCUCUCUCUCUCUCUCUCUGUUUCUGAACAUGUAUAUAUGUUUGUAUGUAUGCAUUUAGAUAUAGGGACGUGUGUGUAAAGCAGGCAUGCAUUAUGUAUAUAGGUAUAAUAUGGACAGUGUCUACAUAUAUGUAUGUUUAUGUGUAAGUUAGUAAUAUUUAUCAUUUUUGUUUUCUUCUGAGGACUCCCUUCAAGCCCCCUCUCCCCAACCAUCCAGACUUUUUACUCACCUGUCAUCCAUAUUCUUGUGGUUCUCUGUUUCCUGGAUGUACUUCCGGUACCCUUCAUCUCUCUUGUGUCCAUCUGUUUUGAUUCUCUUAAUGUCUUCAUGUCCAUUUGUCAUUACAGAUUAUUAUUAUUAUCAUUACACUUGAAGAUGGUGAUGACUGUGACAGCAGAAUACCAAAUUAAAUGUCUUACAGUAACUAGUUUCAGUCCAUCAUCUUGGACCUAAGCUUUAUAAUCCCGCCGAGGUCACAUCCCUUUUGGGCUAUUAAAAUAAGUACCAGUAAUAUAAUGACAAUGUCCUCCUUGUACAACAGUGGCCUGAAAAGCCUAAUUAACAAGCUGUUGACGUUGCUUUUAUUACUUAUGGUGUAAUAUAUACAUGUGAAGAAGAAAAACAGAAUGCAUCUAGGAAAAGGAAAAAACAACAACCAACCCAUCCACCACCACAUCUAUGUCAUAACUGAUAGCUGAUCUUUGCUCCUUGUUUCCAACACAUCCUCCUACAUAUCAUACCAUCACUGAAGAUUCACAUCCAUCCUCAUACUUCUCCCCUUGCUGGGUGAUAACCGAUUUGAAGAAUGGUGGCUUACUGUAAAAAAAAAAAAAGAAAAGCAAAAAAAAAAAACCAAAACAAAAAAAAC